UAGAGCACAUGUUAUAUAACAUAUUUGAUGACACAUAUAGUAAACAGUCUUUUAUAUUCUCAUUGUGCUUCGAUAAAUGGAGCGAGACAGUUACGAAGAAUAGUUUGAUGUUACGUAUACACACAUAAUAUAUAUACACAACAUGAGAAGAGUACUUGAGUGAAUUUUAUCUCUAUAUUGCAUCCGAUAAAAGCCAUAUUCUAAAUAAAAGAGUAGCUAAAAUAUGUACCCACUACUCCGUUCAAUUCCUUUCUUCAAUAAAUCCCGUGUUGUACCAGUAGUCUAUUCUGAGUUGCAGAGUCUCCAUCAUUCCGCGUCAAUAGAAUAAUAAGACUCAUUAGCAUUAGCGAUUCAACGGCAACGAUAACGAGACGAGUGGACUAGACGUUAACGUGGGUUGUGCUGAGCUGCAUAGUAUUGCACUUUGUCCAUUCAAUUUAUUUUGUUGGACUGUAGUAUAGUUGUAAAAAAAUUUUACUUCUGCCGCGUACUGAGUCGCGGAUUGAUUGAUAAUUAAGUACGAGCUGACACGGGAUACUCGCGAUGCCGCGGUCGAGUAAAUUGGUACUGGGAAUCGACUUAGGAACGACUUCUGUUAAAGUUAUAAUAUUAUCUCCGGAAACAAAACAGAUAGUCGCUAAUCAGUCGAAAGAAACCCAGGCAAAUGUGCCAAGUGAUCUAGGAAUCGAAGGUAAUAAGCAGGAUGUGCCAAAAAUAUUGUCGGCUGUACAUAAUUGUGUGUCCAGAUUACCCAAAGAUUUAUUGAGACAGGUAAAAAGUAUUGGAAUAUGUGGGCAAAUGCAUGGAGUUGCAUUAUGGAAAACAACCGGAUCACCUGAAAAAGAGGAUGGAACUUUCAAACUAGAGAUAGAUCGUCAGAGUGUAUCGCAUUUGUAUACAUGGCAAGACGGACGAUGUGAUAAAAAUUUUUUGAACACUUUACCGCAAUCUAAAAGCCAUUUGCCAGUGCAUACGGGCUUCGGAUGUGCCACUUUAUUCUGGUUUGCUCGUAACAAACCAGAAAAGUUGCUGAAGUACGACAGGUGCGGGACCGUGCAAGAUUUGCUGGUAAAUUUAUUGACUGGAAGCGAUGAGAUUGUUAUGAGUACACAGAAUGCCGCUAGCUGGGGAUAUUUUUUGACUGAAGAAGCCCAAUGGGAGACGGAGCUAAUGGCCAGUGAUAAUUUUCCAGUUAGAUUAUUACCCAAGAGGAUUUUAAAACCUGGACAAGUUGCUGGGAAAUUAAUCUACCCUUGGUUUGGAAUUCCCGCUGGUGUUCCUAUUGGUGUAGCUCUCGGUGAUCUUCAAUGCUCAGUCCUUGCACUGCUAAAGCAAACUGACGAAGCAGUAUUAAAUAUAUCAACAUCUGCCCAGCUUACAUACGUCCACCCUUCAUUCAAUCCGAAAGAUUUUACUGAAUCAGGUAGCAUCGAAUACUUUCCAUACUUCAAUGACAAAUAUUUAGCAGUCGCUGCUUCAUUAAACGGCGGGAAUACACUCGCAACUUUUGUUAAAACUUUACAGCAAUGGGCAAUGGAUCUAGGAUUUUCUGUCCCUCAGUCAAAAGUUUGGGAUAAAUUAAUAGCGUUGGGUCAAGAAGACUCGGCCAUAAGUACAAUGGAAAUAGAGCCACUUCUUUUAGGAGAACGUUACGCUCCAGAUAAAACGGCGAGUGUCACUGGAAUAACAUUGGAUACUCUUAAUCUAGGAAGUGUUUUCCGUUCACUUUGCUCUGGAGUUAUUCAUAAUCUUCAUAAUAUGAUGUCACAGGACUUAUUGAAAGAAAAAGGUAUAAAACGUAUCGUAGGAAAUGGAUCUGGAUUAGUACGUAAUCCAGUGUUACAAAAAGAAGUUAUAAAUUGGUAUAAAUUACCCUUAGAAUUAGGACACUCUGGAGAUGCAGCAUUCGGUGCAGCUCUUGCGGCUCUCACUUAAACUCUUAACUUUAAAUCGUUAAUUAAUUUACAAGCAUUAAUGUACAUUUGGACUGACCAAUAAUUCAUCAAAACCAAUAAUAUAAAUAAACAGUUCAAUAAUAAUAAUAAUAAUAAUAAUA